AGCCCGGACACCUUCUGGACAUGGACAUGAACAAUAUUAGUCCCAGGACUGUACCAUGUGGCGUGGUAUAAUGGUAACCCGUUUGAGUAUGAAGAGGGGUUCAUCAGCAGCAGAGAAGCCUUUAUGGUGGGGAUGCCGCGAUUGAGACAAGCUCGCAUAAAGCCAGACGAAAGAUGUGCAAUGGAGCUCAACCAACCAGAAUUGGCGCACCAGUUCGGUCGUUGCCUUUCUGUGUAUGUAGACAAGGUUGCAGACUCUACCCUUUUUAAUCAGCCAGGUUGGCUUCCAGUUCGCAACGCCAGUGAAGCUCUCUCGAAGUUUGAGCUGUUCGACAUGUGCCCCCGGCCUUGGCGUUAUCGCACGGCAGAGAAUUUAACGACUCUCUCUAUGGAGGGUCUUCAGUCCUCAUAUGGAGGUGGCGGUUUCGUCGCCGAUCUCGGUUACAACGCCAAGUCUGCUCUCGAGGUGUUGGAUGACUUGCAGAAAAAUAACUGGAUAAACGACUUAACAGCAGCAGUCUUCGUUGAAUUUACAAUUCACGAACCUGCGACCGCCUUAUUUAGCGUCGUGAAAUACGUGUUUGAGCGUUUGCCAACAGGUGGUUAUAACACAGUGAGAAGUAUCAAAACGUUGACGUUGUACGCUUCACCUGAUUCUGCGUUUGGUCCUUUUUAUCAGCUUUGUCAGCUGCUUCUUAUGUUGAUCAUUCUGUUCUUCUUUUUCGCUGAAAUCGGUAAAAUUUAUCGCCAAAAAUGUGGAUAUUUUAAGUUGUUCUGGAACUGGAUGGAACUUCUGCAGAUCUUUGGUGCAGUUGCCGCUAUUGUUAUGUUCUUCUUUAAGGAAAUGUACACCAGUAGAUAUGUCAAACGCGUGCAAAAUAAUCCUUUCGAGACUUCGAGUACUGAUUACAUCGUACUAUGGUCCGAACUUGAAAUUUACCUGUUGGCUUUUGUGAUUUUUAUCGUGACCAUGAAAUUUCUGAGACUAAUUCGGUUCAAUCGUCACAUUUGCCAAAUGAUUGCCACCAUACAACGCUCUGUUAAUCAUCUGUUUUCGUUUUUCGUUGUGUUCGUUGCAAUCAUUCUCGCAUAUACACAACUCGGAUUACUUGUUUUUGGAGCCGCCGUUCCUGCCUACUCCUCCUUCUUUCAAGCUAUGCGUGCCGUCUGCCAGAUGAUCCUCGGGGGCGAGUCUCACUUUCAUGAGCUUAAAGCGACCAGUAGGUUCGUUGGACCGCUUUUUGUGUUUUGUUACAUGCUGAGCAUGUCUAUGAUCAUGUUGAACAUGUUCCUUGCUAUACUCAAUGACUCCUACGAAGAGGUCAAAGAUGUACAGGGGGACAGUUUUGAGGACGCGGAGCUCGGUGAGUUCAUGAAAACUUACUUUGUGACACGGGUCGGCUACUUUUGUGAUGAGUUAACUGCUUACUUCAAGAAAAUGAUGAACUUUGCGCAAGCAAGGACAAGGCCUUAGAUUCAUGAUGUUGAGAGUUAUGUUAAAGUUCCAACUGAUUCAGUCGACAGAAUCGACAAAGUUGAUGACUUUGAUAUGGGUGAUGACAGUGUUAAAUUAGCAAAAAUCGUUUCAAUGGAAGAUCUUAGUGACAGUGAAGAUGAUAUAUAUGAGGCUCUGGAAGAUGUAAAGGGUUGUAUAUCUGAUAUUAACGAAGAACUGCGACGUUCAAUUUCUCACCUUGGGUCCGAUUCAAUCCUUAAGACUCUCAACAAAGAUCUCAAAUGCUCGUGCGAGGACAACAAUUUCCAAUACUUUGGCAACAUCUGGGACCGACAGUACGAUCCUAAUGAUCGUUUCCGUAGAAGGAGAACUCCAUACACGGAGCCUUUGCUAGCUGAGAUUCCAAUGGAUCAUCUCAAGGACCUACAUCUGAGUGGCGAGGGUGGAAGUAACAACAAUGAUAGAAACGGUUAUCCAUACUUCACAAACAUCUGGGAUAGACUUAUAGAUCCAAACGAUCGCUUCCGCAGGAGAAGAAGACUGAGAACUCCACAUCGACAGUCUCUGUUAGACGAUCAUUUGCAGGAUCAAUCAGAGGAAGUAGAUCUCGGGGUCGGUGAGGAUGGCGAUAGUUUUGAGAGAAUGAGGCUUGAGGAGCAUUCGACGCCUGAGGUAAUGUCAAACAGCACUACGAACAGUAAUCUGUUAGAUGAUGUUCAAGAAAGUUUUGUGUGAAGGCCAUGAUCUCGGCAUCUAUUUGAUUUAUCGUUCGAUGACAAGCUAAGGCAAUAUCGACAAAGCCAAAACUCUACCAGAAAGACAGUGUGUAAGAAAUUUUCGUGUGAAAGCCAUGAUCUCGGCAUAUAUUCGAUCGAACGUUGACAAGCUAAGGCAGUGUUGACAAAACCAAAACUGAACCAGAAAAAGAGUUUGUUUAGUUAUUACAAAUGUGUAAAAAUCUUAUCUUACGUCUAUUGGGCUUAAGUACCAAUGCGAACCUAAGCGUUCCUACCUUAUGAAGCCCUUUAAAACUUCACAGUUAGGAAAUUUCUCCAAAAUGACGGCCGGAAAUUAAAGUAAUUGAAUAUCUUGAUACACAUUGGUUAGGUGAAAUUUCAUUAAGUCAGCUGAUCUGUCGACAGACAAAACGUAAUUUUCAAGUUUAUACAUGAGGAAAUAAUACAGUCAAAAGUCUUUUGGGUACGGGGGAUUCAAAUUUUCAGUGCAGACUAUUUUAACCAUGUACUCACCACUAUCAAUAUCCCAUAAUUGACUUAUUUCGGUCGCCAUUUUAACGAGUAUUCUCCCAUUGAAGCAAUACAUGUAAGAAAAUAAGAAAAAUUUCAUUAGAGGACUGGCGGUAAAAUUGAUGCUUCUAGGAGUAGGAACAACGAUUCGUGAAUGAAAACUUGAGACAAUUUGUUAGAGCUUUUAGAGUGAUCAUCGAUUGAGUGAAGAAAACCAAAGCCAUAGUAAUCGACACAAAAGGAAGAAAGGCAGGGAGUCGUUCAACAAAGUUAACAAGUCUUGAUUGCUUUAGUUUUGCUUCUGAUCGGUCGAAAGGAUAGCGUGAGUUUUCUAGACCAAUCGCAGUAGGCGGUGAAGCAAAAUCAGUGCAUCCCGGGAUUGCUUUCGACACUCAAGUGAAAAUUGCUCGAGGAAACUUUAAUGUAUACAGUAGAUCAUGUCCACAUACCUUUGGUGAACUGCUUCUGCCUUAAAAGAGCUGAAGAUACAAAGUGUAACAUAAAAAACUCAGUUACUUAGCCUUGGUAUCUUUCCUCAGCAGCUAAAUUUAAAAUAAAAAAAAUGUCCUAUGUAACAAUCAGUAGCCAAAAUACAGUGUACUCAAAGGAAAUAGGUAUUUACUCUACAUAAGAAAAAAAACAUCGUAUCUAUAUAUUGUGGGAGGAAAAAGACAAGUAA